CUUUUCUUCGUGGCGGGUGAUCGUGGGAGAAAGAACAAAGAAAUGGGAAGUUCAUUGGUGGAAAUCCAAGUUCCCGGGCAGAAGUUUGUGAACGGAGUUCCGUUCCCCGCUGUGGUGUCUCCUCCACCUGCAACUGCAAGUGCGGUUCCUCUUACGGACUCCGUCAAAACCCAGAAAGCUUUCCUUGAAUCAUUGCUACUCCAAUCGGGUGCUGUCCUUUUCAGGGGAUUCCCACUCUCCACCGCUUCUCACUUCAACGACGUCGUCGAAGCAUUCGGCUACGACGAGCUUCCCUACGUGGGCGGCGCCGCUCCCCGCACCAACGUGGUGGGUCGCGUCUUCACCGCCAAUGAGUCCCCACCCGAUCAGAAGAUCCCUUUCCACCACGAAAUGGCUCAGGUUCCUCAAUUUCCUUCGAAACUGUUAUUCUUCUGCGAAGUGGAACCCAGGAGUGGGGGUGAAACCCCCAUUGUUCUUAGCCACGUGGUGUAUCAAAGGAUGAAGGACAAGUACCCUGAGUUUGUGGAGAGACUAGAGAAGCAUGGUUUGCUUUACACCAGGGUUUUAGGGGAAGAUGACAACCCUAACUCUCCAAUUGGCCGUGGCUGGAAAUCUACCUUCUUGACCACUGACAAGACCCUUGCUCAACAAAGGGCGGCUAAACUGGGUAUGAAGUUGGAAUGGUUGGAAGAUGGGGUGAAGACAGUCAUGGGUCCAAUUCCGGGCGUUAAAUAUGAUGAGAGGAGACAACGAAAGAUAUGGUUUAACAGCAUGGUGGCUGCUUACACUGGUUGGGAAGAUGAACGCAACGAUCCUGUUAAGGCUGUGACCUUUGGGGAUGGUCUACCAUUACCCUCUCACAUUGUCUAUGAUUGUCUCCACAUUCUGGAGGACGAAUCUGUUGCCAUUCCUUGGCAAAAAGGAGACAUUCUCUUAAUUGAUAAUUGGGCUGUCCUCCAUUCCCGAAGAUCUUUUGAUCCACCUCGCAGGGUCCUAGCUUCCCUUGUCAAGUGAGCCUUGUACCAAUUUCAAUUACCUUAAAUUAGAUUAUGUUUGUACUAUACCAACUUAUUAGAAACAAUAACUGCUUCAGCAGUAAUAGCAUAACCAUGAAUUGUUAAUCAUUUAGAAACAAGAGAUGGAAAUAAAUAAAGACGUGUCUUAUUAGAUUUAGUUCUCAAUUUAA